GUUUGAUCCAUCGUAUAUAUGCUCUGAGGGGUGAAUUGAGAGGGAUGUGCUGCUUUGUUAGAGCCGCAGUAUCUUCCAAUCCGUGCCUGCUUACUUGGCAACUAUCCAUCCCCAUCGCAAGGUCCUUUCAUCUCAACAGCAUUCGUGCCGUUGCGGAAACCCAACGCCACUGGCGUACCAUUGUCUCACAUUAGAAUGGUAUCAAAAAUGCCAUCUCCCGUCCCCAAGCCAGCAUCCGCGAGGCCGACGUCGCAGUCUCGUAGAGUUCAAAGGUCUCCGAAUCCCUCGAGGAGCGACAAAGUUCGCCAGGGGAAGUUGAUACGUUCCUGGACGGAAGAAGAGGAGAAGUUCCUGUUUCAGAGUCGAAGCCGGAAGCUACCCUACAAACAUAUCGCGGACCGCCUCGAUAAAUCGGUACUCGCAUGUCGCCUGCACCACCACCAUAUGACGGUGGGCAGAAAGGGACAUCGAGCGGGAGAGACCGCAUACGGCGACUCAGAUUUCAGUGAGAGCCCUUCACCAUCAGCGACGCCAAGCGAUGCCGCAACACCACAGCAAGAGCAACGCGCAGGGUUUGGCAGUGAUCAACGCACUUUGUCAAUGCGGCCAGCACCAAGUCACUCCUGGACACUACCCAGCUUUCAGACCUUCGUGCGAGACACCUUUUCAGAUAGCUUCCACCGCCGAAGCGUAUCGACGUCUGGAGAAACCAUUGGCACCGACAACAUGGUAUGGGAAGAUGACCUCAGGCAUACGGGUUUAAGAAGUGGUAACAGACCUGCAAGUGCACAGUCGGACUACAACUCUCUGGCUCACAGAGUAGCAAUGGUGGAGCAGCCCGACCACGGCACCAUCAUAAUCAAGAGAUCCAGUAGCAUCAAAAGGACACGGCUCAUGGGAGCACUCGGAGGCCAGCUCGGUCAAGCGAAGACGCCCGCCGUCAAAUACUCCAACCUGGUCAAUGCCACAAUUGGGAGUCCAGCGAGCGCACACCCCGGGUCCAGCCCUGCGGCCAGUUCAACGACAUCCCAUCUCAAGUGUGAUGGAAGAGAACGAAUUUCCUAUCAGCUCACGGCCAAACCCAUGUUUAGCGUUGUGAAUUUCCGACGAAACAUCAGAAGGAGUUUUGGGAAAUAUAUCACCAGUUGUAUUCACUUCAGCUCAGUCUUGUGGUAUAUGAGAGAUAUCAUCUCACUAGUGGACUUUGAUGCAGCACUAACGGUUGACGACCUGAUGGCCACUUUCCAAUCUGGUUUGUUUCAUGUUCGCUUGGGGAGGAGGAAGGCCUCGGUCUGGUCUGUGGUUCUGUGGGCAGUCGCAUCCCGAGUGGCCUAG